UUUGGGGAAGGAAGUACAGACUGAUCUGGUUAUCAGUCUAGCUAGGGUUGAAGGAAUGCUGGAAGAGAUGAGCCUGUCAGUGAAUGGUCAGUCUCGGGUGCCGCCGGGCUUCCGAUUUCAUCCAACAGAAGAGGAGCUCCUGCAUUAUUACUUGAGAAAGAAGGUGGCAUUCCAGAAAAUCGACUUGGACGUUAUUAGAGACGUCGACCUUAACAAGCUCGAGCCAUGGGAUAUACAAGAGAAAUGUAAAAUAGGAUCCACUCCUCAAAAUGAUUGGUACUUCUUCAGCCACAAAGACAAGAAGUACCCGACCGGCACCCGAACCAAUCGAGCCACGGCGGCAGGGUUCUGGAAAGCUACUGGCCGUGAUAAGGUCAUCCACAGCAGCUUCAAACGCAUCGGAAUGCGAAAGACCCUCGUCUUCUAUAAAGGUCGAGCCCCACACGGUCAAAAGUCCGACUGGAUCAUGCAUGAGUACAGGCUUGAUGACCACCAGAGCUCCUCCUCCUCCUCCUCCUCCUCCUCCUCUGAUCCUAACCAAUCAAAUUCAAUGGGAGAGCCGGCACAAGAAGAGGGAUGGGUGGUUUGCCGUGUGUUCAAGAAGAAGAACCAUCACAAGACCAUAGACAGCCCGAAAAGCUCUUCCAUCACCGUAGAUGGGAAAACCCAGAUGUUCAACCCAAGCAACGAUGGUGCCUUGGAUCAGAUUCUUCAGUACAUGGGAAGGAGCUGCAAGCAAGAGAACGAAACAACAAACAUGAUUAAUAUUAAUGGUCUCAACAACAACAACAUCAACAUCAACACCAUCACAAGCCCCAACAACUACAUUAAUAACCACAACACCAACUUGGGGUUCCUCAGACCGAUCGAAGUAGCCAUCAGCAAUGGGCUUCACCUCGACAGAUUCUUGCACCUUCCACCACUUGAGAGUCCAACUCUUACUUCACUCCCAAACGAUGAUUCGAUUCAGGACUGUGGCAGCCAGGCGUGUUACCGACCGCUUGAUGACACGCAGACGUUGACCGAUCCUGAACUAGGAGGAGCCACUGCUAAUCUAAACCCGGUCUACCACUCGGAGCCGGAAAUUAGUGACUGGGCAGUCCUGGAUCGGUUGGUUGCCUCCCAUCUCAACGUCCAAACAGAGACUUGCAAGCAACUGACCUGCUUCAACGAGCCUACCAUGGCCUUCUCUUCACCCUCCGCACUUCCAACCUCAGAUGAUCAAGAAGACCUACCAGUACUGCUGCCACAGCUGCGCUGCUCCACCUCCGCCUCCAACAGAUCGUAUCAUAACACCCACGACUACAACAGUGAAAUCGAUCUAUGGAGCUUCACCAGAUCAUCGUCUUCCUCCUCCGACCCACUGUGCCACGUGUCCAAUACUUCUAUAUAAAAACCGAACCCAAAAAAUAAAAGUAUCAUAUUCCAUAUGAUAUAGUAUAGAA